UGUUCUCUUCCACAUUUAAGAUGGCGUCUAUGGGUGUAUUUCUUGUCAUUUCUCUUCUUCUAGGAUUUGCACUCGUAAAUGGUGAACACUUGCAAAAUACGCUCAACCUCCCGCCACGGGUGCUGCUUCCGUAUGUCGCUAGUGGAUCCGUUCAUACCAAUUUUUCCUUCAAAGUUCUGCAUGGAUGCUUCGUAUGGACUUCGAGUAGACCCGAGGUUGCUUCAACUCAUCCCGUGUACAACAAUGGAGACGAAGAAUCAGGGAGAAAAUGUUCAAAGGAAGCCAUUUUAACAGCCCAAGCGAGAGUUCCAAAAAUGCAAAUGACAGAAAUAUUUGGAGAAGAUGAAGUUACUGGUGUGGUUUUGCGAAGCGAUGUUUAUGUACAUGACAUUGCGAAGAUUGAAAUUGUUACUACCACUCGCAAACUUUUGCUUGGGGAAGCACCAGCAGUUUGUCAUAUCCAGGCCUUUGACAAGGAAGGAAAUAUGUUUUCCACUCUGGGUGGUCUUGAAUUUGAAUGGGAACUGAAGACAGUUGAGGGGGUUGGUUCAGUUAAUGCAAAAUCUGUGUUAAGAUUUAUGCAGUUUUCGUUUUCAAGUUAUGAAACUUCACCAGAGAUAUAUUCUUUAGAAGCAAAGGGUUCACGUGGAGGUUCCAUUGUAAUAGAACCCAUCAACACUGGAACAGCAAUUGUCAAAGCAAUGCUCAAGGAUACAUCAUUUGCUAAUGUUUCUCCAGCUGAAGCAAGAAUUUUAGUUUUAGAUAAUGUGUUGUUAGUACCUGGCUACGAUGUGUAUAUCCUGGUUAACACAUCUGUCACGUAUAGUGUUAACAGAAUGCACAGAGGAAAGACCACAGCGAUACCAAUGCCGUCAUCACAAUUUGAAUUUAAACUGAGCAAUACCACAGUAGGCCAUCUGAAUGUCAAGAAAUCAAGUGUGCUUGGUGUCAAGAUUGGUUACACCAAAGUUACUCUUGUUGAUAAAAAUAUGCUUCUCAUGCAGGCUGUACAUCAACCAGCUGUUGGAGUUCAUGUUGUGGAUGCAGCUUUGUUAGGUUUCAGUAUUGUGCCACAUCCAGACUGGGUGUUACAAGUGGGGAUUGAGUAUGAUGUUACUGUUCAUAUCUACAGUCAUGACAACCGUAAAGUCUUUAUCACUGAUAAUAUUCGCAUUGAUACCUCAUUUGAUCCAUCAUACUUCCAAGUGCUCUGGUCUUCAGCUAAUGGCUCCUUUCAUCAUGUGCGAACUCUACAGAAAGGCAAGACCAUGUUGACAGCCAUGUACACAAGCAUUAAGAUUCUUGGUACAAACGUGAUCUACACCUUCAAUAAUCCCAUCUCAGGACAACAAGAAGCAGAUAUUUUUGAUCCAGUGGUUGUCAACCCUGAGAUAAUAGUGUUCCCAUGGUACCCACCAGAGCAACAGAAAGUGGCCAGCCACACCCAGUUUCAAUAUUUAUUGGAGCCAUCUGGAGGAAGUGGAAUGUAUAUUUGGUCAUCAUCUAACACCUCAGUAGCCACUGUAAGCACCAAAGGUGUUGUUAUCACAACUAAUGCAGUAGGACACACCCAGGCUCGUGCAGCAGACAUGAAGAAUCUGGCAAUUUUUGGAACAGCAGAGGUUUAUGUCGUUCCACCAAGAAAAAUGGAGUUUCUUCCCUCUGUUGUUGAAGCUCAAGUUGGUUAUUCAUUGUCACUCCCACUGGCUGUAGCAACUUGCAUUUAUACAGCAUGCCAAGAGUUCCAUGUUUUCACCGAUUGUCGCACUCUCCCUGUGAUGUACUCUUUUUCUGACCCGUCUAUUUUCAAGUUAGUUGAAGAGAAAAGAGAUUAUGAGAUAACUGCUGGAAGUUGUAUGUCAGUGAAGCUUCUUGCCCUUCGUUCUGGCUUCACCACACUGACUGUGACAUACCAGUACAAGGACAUAAUUCUACGUUCUAUGGUGACUGUUGGUGCUUAUCACCCGCUUAAGGUUCUAGAUCCAGUGGAUGUUGGUGUGGUGUCUUUGUGUUCAGCAAAGAACCUCUUGUUAGAGGGAGGACCUCUUCCUUGGAUUGUGGAUACUUCUGGAUAUUAUGAAGAAGUGAUUCCAGAUCCACAGAAAGAGGACCAUGUUUCUAUUGGGUAUUAUCCCACAUCUGACUAUCUUGUUGAUAACAGUGGAUCGUAUCAUUAUUUUAACAUAAUCUGUUUAAAGCAAGGUGAACAGGUUCUCACUGUGAAGAUUGGAAACAAACCAUCUGCAAAGAAUCCAUACCCAGCAAGCUCCUCUGUAUUAAUCAGAUUUGCAUGCAUGGACCCUGCAUCUCUGACAAUUGUUCCCGACAUAAAACUUCCAACAGUGGAUGGGCGUCAACUGUCUCCUGAAAAUUGUGUGAGCUCGAACAAAGAGAUCCAUGUGCGCAACAAUCAACAGUUAAACCUUGCUGUCCAUCUCCGUGACUCCUUCGGACGCUUAUUUGACAACUUCACAUCACUGACUGUAGUUUGGUCGACCAGCGAUCGCACUUUGGCAGAAUUUGUUGACAUGACAAGUUCUGUUAAGAUGAUGUUUGUCAAAUACAAGGACGAUGAAAACCUUAGAAGAGCAAUGUCAUAUCAAACUGUCAGUUUGAGCGACAAGAUGGGUGGAGUUGUUAUCGAGGCAUCCAUUGAAGGCUACCAAUGCAACAUUUUAAGAUGGUGUGGAAGGGAAUUGAAGAAACCCGUUAAGUUUAAUUUGCGAGGGCAUCUGAAAUUGCUGCUUGUUCCUGAAAGGCAACUUGUUCCACCAGCCGCUUCAAUACUGAAUCAUCCUGAAAAUCAAGCUGUUUUCCACAUUAAAGGAGGCUCGGGUCACUUUGCUGUGAAAGGAAGCAGCAAUGCUAUCGCAAAAGUUAAUUACCAAGGAAAAACUGACAUACUAGUUAUUCCAAGAUCCGAGGGUCUGUUCACGGUGAUGGUGCACGAUUUGUGCUUGGACUCAACCGGGCCAGCGGUUGCCGAUGUUCAAGUUUCUGAUGUGUACGGUGUAGAUGUUGUUGUUGUCAACAAGAUCGAGCUGUACGCAUCAGAGACCCUGAGGCUCAAAUUGCUAGAUAUAUUUGGGGUGCCACUGUUGUUCAGAAAUCUUGAGUUUCUCACCUUGGCUCCACAUUUUACUCCAGACAUUUUAGACAUCAGGCGGGACUUUGAGCUUGAAGACAAGAGUAAAAUCAAUCAAGAUACUGCAUAUUUCACGGUCAGAGGACUCUCUCUUGGUACUGCAAGCCUCACAUUCACAGCAUCAGCAACAGGGAGAGGAAAAGCGACAAGUGAUCCAAAGGAUAUCCAGGUUUUUGCACCCCUAAGGCUGGACCCAAGAGUGGUGGUGCUGAUUCGUGGAGCUUCAUUUCAGGUUCGAAGUUCAGGUGGGCCCAGUCCCCAGGCGGCAACAAUCUUCAGCAUCGCUAACCACACAGUGGCAACUGUCAGCAGCGUGGGACUAGUGGAGGCACAGCAGCUUGGAACAACAAACCUUACUGGGUUUGUACAAACAGCUGAUCCAAUCAAGGGACAGACGGUGUUGCAUUCCAAGGAUAUUGUUAUCAUACAUGUCAUACAGCUGAAAGGAAUUAUUAUCAAUGUUGCCUCUACCAACCUUGUCACUGGAACUAAGAUCAGCAUGUAUGCAGCUGGUUUAAACGAUGAAACGCCAUUUACUUUUGCUAAUGCUGUACCUGGUUUGAAGUUCUUCUGGACCUCAACUAACCCCGAUGUAUGCCAAGUCAAGUCAGUGUACGUUUUGAGUGGGGUGGCUGUGGAAAGCGAGAAUGAUUUCCGUGUGGAUCUGCACUGCAUUAACCCCGGACAAACGACUGUACGACUCAGGGUGGUAAUAACUGACCAUAGUUAUCAACAGGCUCAUGAGGACGCUUUGUUACAAGAUGAGGUCACAUUUGAGGUCUAUGAAAGGCUGCAGUUGAUUUUCCCUGCAAAUGGCUUUCUACUUCUUCCUCACAAUGUUAACACCAAAAUCCAGACAAACAGAGAUGGUUCGGCAAGAAUAACCUACGAGAUGAUGACAGACUGUUCUAAGCACAACAAGGCUUUUAGUGGUGCUGCUAUAGCUGGUGUCAGUAGAAGUGGUCAGGUGUCCACUGCAUCUCUGUCUGGGACGGCUGUGGUGUUGGUGACUGUCCAUGAGGAGUUCGGCAUCAAUCAAACUGCUGUUGUCCAUGUGGAGGUCAAGGCUGUUUCAUCAAUCGUUAUAAAUUGUCAGUCUCCCGUGAGAACGAACUCUGACAAGCUACAUACAUUUCCCCUGGGAAUGAAUGUCCUGCUCGCUGUAACAUUGCAUGACAAUAUCGGACGAAGAUUUGCUGUUGCCAGUAUCCCGCUCAAAUACAGGCUCAACAGAUUUGAUGCCGUUCAUGUUGUACCAGGACCAGAAAAUGGCACUUUUUAUGCCAGGGCAGUAAACCUUGGUGAAGCCAUCCUUAAGGUGUGGGAUCCAAGUUCUGUUAACAUAGCAGACUACGUCCGCAUACGAGUUGGUCAUGGUCUGACUCCAACCAAAGCGACACUGUUGUUAGGGAUGGUGGAACAGUUCAGUACAAGUGUUAUAUCUGAAGGUAUAGGUGGUAUGUGGUCAUCAUCUAACGACAAAGUUGUCAGCAUCAACUCCACGACUGGCAUGGCAAUGGCAACAGCUGCAGGAACUGCUACUAUUUACUACAAGAUACCUCAGUUAUACUCAGCCCAGACUGAAGUCAAAGUCGAGAGCCUGAGUUACAUUCAUGUCCCGAGAGAUGACGCCCUGGUCAUCACCAAUAUCCCGCGACUGGAUGGGCGUGGCUAUGUCAUUCCUGUUAACUUGGGAAACGACUAUUUGUCGCAGGAACAAACAACCAAAGCAUCUGGUCUUGUAGAUGGAAUUCUGCUGUUUGAAGAACUAGGUUUCAAACAGGCGACACCUUUCCAGUGUAUUCUACACCUUGGUCAUGAUCUGCAAGGCAAUAUCCACGCACAUGACUUGUUUGAGGUGAAGCCCGGGUUCGUCAAUGGACAACCAAUGUGUUAUGUGGUACCAAAGAAUGCUAAAGACGAUGUGAUCAAGUCGGCAAGUUCUAUCGCUGCUCAGCUGAGUCUUGUUGUCAGGAUUUUCGACGAGAUUCAAGGUCGUAGCGAAUCCUCGGAGUCAUUAAAACUUCCCUUCGUGCCUGCAUUUGUGUUGAGUGAAACAGAACUGGAGCUUUCUGCUGAUAAACGGAAAGCGCAAGUUUUUGUUAUGGCCAAUGCUGAACAGCUGAACAACCUUGAGGUAAGAUCUCAAGACCCGUCCCUGGUCGAAUUUACAGGGUGGUUAAAUUCAGUUGAUAAGGAGGCCGAAUAUGAGAUAGAAGUUGUCGAGAAAAACGGCAAGUCGUUCAAGAGAGUCUGGGUGGAGUUUAAAAGCUUACUUACCGGCCAGAGAGGCUUAGUGUACGUGACUUACACAGCGCCAUCCAGUGGUGCAGUCCCUGUGCUGAUACCAGGAGCAAUUCCAAGCAGUGAGCAGUGUCCAACAGUCGCAGCAGGCAAAAUAGAGAGAAGCUUUCAAGGAUUUCUCUUCGCCUUGCUUGGACAGACAAGUGCUUGGAUAAUCGGUUUGUCAUUUUUUAUUGGGUGCAUAAUUCUUGCGCUGAUCUUAUGCUGCAGUCCUCGUGGCAGGGGUGCCAGUAGUGGAGCAGUGUCUGGAGCGGCCUCUCCCAGCCCUCUCAGAGGGACCCCUCAGCAUGGAAGCCCUUAUCCACAAGGUCCAUAUCCUGGUUCGUCUACAGGUACAUUGUCCACGGGAAGGCCCAUUUAUCUGAGCUCAACCACAGGCGCAUUUUCACCGGGAGCUGGGGCGUAUGGAUCUCGUGGUAGUGCGAACGAUACAUCUCUUCGGUCCUUUCCAGAGGAGCACGAUGAAACACACCGAGGAAUAUCCACAACAUACCGGCACACCAAAACCUCUGCUCGCACAUAUCUUUCCGACGAUAGUUCUCACGCCUCUGGAACAACGUCUAUUGGGCGUGUUUCACCGAACAAGUCACCCAGAUUGUUCAGUGUCAAUCAAUAACGUAAGAUUGACGUGAACUUUCAUGAUAUUUCGAUAUUUAAUGUGCUGCUUGUGGAAUUGGCUACGUGUUUACAGUUUAAGGAGGAAUGGCAUAUUUCCUUGUAACUCUCAACGCAAAGAUGCUAAAGUUAUUGUUCGAUGACAUUUUUUGUGUUGAUGCUUGAAAGGCUAACUGAAGUGUACUUCUUAAUUGUCCUAAGUCACUGUAAAAGAGGUUUUAGGGGAAGGGCGAACUCCAAGAAAAAGACAAACCAACCAAAAAUCAAUAUAAAAUGAAUUCAUUCAAGUGAAAAUUGAGCGAAAAAUUGGCACAACGAAGUACUGUUGUAAAAAAUUUCAAUAGUCUUCUUUCAAACAAAUUCCAAAGGAGGAGAACGAGUCGUCGAGAGUGAAAAUCAUUCGAGAGAAAUUACUUAGUCUGUCCCAAUUGGAAAUUACGGGCUGGAGGCACUUUGCGAAAUAAUUGGUGUUAACAUUGUUUCAGAACCUCUGAAAGCUCUAGCUUAAAUUCGUGGAAGUGAUCACUUAAGGUUUUCUAAGUGGAUCGUGAUAAACUUGAUUUCACUAGUUUUCUAAUAUAAACUAAAACUUUCAAAAUGCUGCCUUAACCGUAUUUUUAUACAGUAUAGGUCUUGCGAAAAGUGUAUUAUGCUGAGAACAGCGGGUUAAUUGGAUCUUAGAGAUAAUAAUUUUCGAUGCGUCGUGUAUUUAUUGACCCAUUUAAAUAUUUUUGUAGGUACCGUGUCUUUUUUAGACUGCUGGCAGUUCCUCUUGCGCGUCGAAAGUGAUCAGCGAACGGGAAAAAAACUCUGAGCUGCGCCUGCAACUCUCAGCGGUUGCACCAUUACGAUGUAAUUUUCUCGCUGAUUACGUAUUACGUGCGUGAAGAUCUAAGCUGAAUUUAAGAGGCACUGCUCGCACUCUAAGCCUUUGUAAGAUAAAAUAGACCUUUCUAAUAAAUGUAUUUAUUUCAUUUCA